AUUUUUUCAUGACAGAAACCAUUGAAAAUCUACGUGACUUUAACUACUACUAACUGUCAAAUAAUGCGAAUAAUAGUUAUGUAUUGGCUGAAUACAUUUGGAUUGAUGGAACUGGAGAAGCUUUAAGAUCGAAGACAAAAGUAUUUACACGUGUAAAAAUGAUAGGUUUAUUAAACUCAAAUAAAAAGUCUUGAAGAUUUGGAAUGGUGGACAUAUGAUGGGUCAUCAACGGAUUAAGCAGUGACAAGAUUUCCUAAAUAUAUUUAAAACCAGUUCGAGUAGUUAAAGAUCCCUUUAGAGGAGAUCCUCAUAUUCUUGUAUUGUGUGAAACAUACCUUCCUGCUAAAAAAACACCAUCUAGAUAUAACUUUAGGUAUUUUAGCUUGAAAUUAUUUGUUUAGAUGGAUUGCAAAUUAAAUUAUGGAGAAAGCCAGAGAUCAUAAACCGUGGUUUGGAAUUGAAUAAGAAUAUUUCUUAUUAAAAAGGACAGGAACAACACAUUUAUGGCCUUUAGGAUGGCCAACAGGAGGAUUUCCUUAUCCACAAGGCAGAUAUUAUUGCUCAAUUGGUGAAAGGAAUAAUUUUGGAAGAGCUUUAGCUCAGGCUCACCUAAGAGCAUGCUUGAAUGCUGGAUUAAAAAUUG